AUAGACUGAUUAAGGGGAAUAUAUGAUCCUGAUUUAACAGGAAUAUAUCUUCGUACUCUCUCUUUUCUCUUUCUUCUCUUAUCCAAGACCUUAUACCACAAUGAACUCUACCGUGCUCCCCCCCACCUAUUGGGGCCAAUAUCAGGAAAUCACCAAUUCCAAUGCCCACCUGAGCGUGCCUGAGAGACUGUGGGUUGCUUGGUAUGCCUGGAUGCAGAAUGAUGUCCUGGCCACCGGCAUCAUGUCCUUCGCCAUCCACGAGCUGUUAUACUUCGGCCGCUCUCUUCCGUGGGUCUUGAUCGAUAUAUCGGGCUGCUUCAACGGAUACAAGAUUCAAAGUAACAAAGUACCUUCAAUACGCGAGCAAUGGGACUGCGCCAAGUUUGUGCUUCUGAGCCACUUUACCGUCGAACUUCCUCAAAUAUGGCUUUUCCAUCCAUUGGCCCAGUUCUGCGGUCUAUCAACAUCGAUUCCCUUCCCGUCUCCCUGGACCAUGGCAUAUCAGAUUGCAAUCUUCUUCGUGAUGGAGGACGCCUGGCACUAUUUCUUCCACCGAGCUCUUCACUGGGGUCCCCUCUACAAGGCCAUCCACAAAAUCCACCAUCAAUAUUCCGCACCAUUUGGCUUAGCCGCCGAAUAUGCCUCUCCUAUUGAAGUGAUGAUUCUCGGCUUCGGGACCGUCAGCUGCCCGAUCCUCUGGUGUGCUGUCACCGGUAACCUGCAUAUUCUCACGAUGUAUGUCUGGAUUGUGUUGCGCUUGUUCCAGGCUAUCGAUGCCCACAGUGGCUACGAAUUUCCCUGGAGUCUUCACCAUUUCUUGCCCUUCUGGGCUGGUGCUGAUCAUCACGACCUCCACCAUGAGAAAUUCAUUGGGAACUACGCAAGCAGCUUCCGCUGGUGGGACUACCUCCUUGACACCGAAUACACCCCGGAUGCCCUGAAGCGCCGGAGAGAGAACAAGGCGAAGGCACAGAAGACACAGUGAUCCCAAUCUGCCUUCUCUUCAAUUGGCGUUAACUAGUCUUCUGAAUUCAUACUAUAGAUAAGAUAUUAUAAUAAAGAUAAAACAGGCUGUCUCGAUUAAUAAUUCCCUAUCGUAGCAUUGUGCUAUAUACUGGCAAGUUCAACAAUUUGUCCGGUACGAAUCUGAUUCGUGAUAGCUCCUUAUAGAAAGACCUGUUUAGUGGCCAGUUUAUGAGAAUACUAUUUAU